CACUCCGUAGUUCACAGAAAUGAGUCGACGAAGGCAACUCUGUUAUAAGGUCACUUGCCUCUCUUACUUCACUUUCAGAAUCUCUAGCCUUAGCAGCACCACACAUAGCCAGCCACUGAGACAUGCCAAGCAAGGAGGUUUCACCGUUAGGAGAAGCAAAGCUUCCAUUACUGGAAUCUCACCUUUUAACAGAUGAAAUAGAUCAACAUGACCAAACUUUGAGACAAAGGGUAUGGAUCGAGUCAAAGAAGCUUUGGCACAUAGUUGGCCCCUCCAUUUUCAGCCGUAUUGCAUCCUAUUCCAUGUUGGUCAUCACCCAAGCCUUCGCCGGUCACCUUGGUGACCUCGAACUCGCCGCCAUCUCCAUUGCCAAUAACGUCGUCGUCGGCUUCGACUUUGGCCUCUUGUUGGGUAUGGCAAGUGCGUUAGAAACGCUAUGUGGGCAAGCGUAUGGAGCGAAGAAGUACUACAUGCUAGGCGUGUACAUGCAGCGUUCGUGGAUCGUUCUUUUCAUUUGCUGUAUCUUGCUUCUGCCUUUGUAUCUGUUUGCUUCGCCGGUGUUGAAGCUGUUGGGCCAGACUGAUGAGCUGGCAGAGCUAUCCGGUGCGGUGACGAUUUGGAUGCUUCCGGUGCACUUCGCCUUCGCGUUUCAGUUCCCUCUGCAGAGGUUCCUGCAGUGCCAGAUGAAGACUGCACCUAUUGCGUGGGUCUCUCUGGUGGCGCUCUUGGUGCAUGUCUUUGUUUGUUGGUUGUUCGUGUUUAAGCUUCAGUUUGGAGUGGUUGGUGCCGCUGCUACUAUUAACUUCUCUUGGUGGGUCCUCACGUUGGGCCUUCUGGGCUACGUUGUGUGGGGUAGUGGUUGUCCUCACACUUGGACUGGCUUCUCCCUUGAAGCUUUCUCUGGUCUUUGGGAGUUUGUUAAGCUCUCUGCUGCUGCUGGCGUCAUGCUCUGUUUGGAGAACUGGUAUUACAAAAUUCUGAUAUUGAUGACGGGGAAUCUUAACAACGCAGAGAUUGCUGUGGAUGCUUUGUCCGUAUGUAUGACUAUCAAUAGUUGGGAACUGAUGAUUCCUUUUGCAUUCUUUGCUGCAACAGGAGUGAGGGUUGCAAACGAGCUUGGAGCUGGGAACGGAAAAGGAGCCAAGUUUGCUACUACUGUAUCUGUGGUGACAUCGGUUAUUAUAGGACUCUUCUUCUGGAUGUUGAUUAUGAUAUUGCACGACAAAUUCGGCUACAUAUUCUCUAAUAGCAAAGCCGUCCUUGAUGAAGUAAACAACCUUUCUCUUCUAUUAGCCUUCACAAUUCUCCUCAACAGUGUUCAGCCAGUUCUCUCAGGGGUGGCCGUGGGAUCAGGGUGGCAAUCUUAUGUUGCAUACAUAAAUUUGGGUUGCUACUAUAUUAUCGGGGUGCCUCUUGGAUUUUUGAUGGGUUGGGUCUUCAAUCAAGGAGUUAUGGGAAUCUGGGCGGGGAUGAUUUUUGGUGGGACAGCAACUCAGACAUUAGUAUUGAGCCUCAUUACUAUUCGUUGCGACUGGGACAGAGAGGCUGAAAAAGCAAAAUUGCAUUUAUCGAAGUGGGCAGAACCAAAACAAGAACUAAACUAAGGGCUACUCUCUUUGUAGCCUAAGGAAUCCGCAUAUUUGUUUCAGGCUUUCGUCGGUAUUGACUGAAAUAAAGAUAUAUGUCAUUUUUAGAACUCUCCACCAGCAUUUUAUGAAUUCUCUUGAUUCUACACCAAGAAAUCUAAUCAUGUUUUUAAAGCCACGCAUGAAAGAAAAUGCUUGAUUGUGUGGAAAAAAGUACUUUUCUAAUUGGUGGUUUCCUAAUUGGUUAUGUGUUGGUUAGCAAAGUUUUUUAUUUGAGUUUAUAUGCUUGGAGUCUAUAGUUAAUUUGACAGCUUGAAGCAUUCUGAGAUGAUUAGUUAACUUCUGUUGAGCACUCUGUAGGUUGUUGAAUGCAGUAUUGUCUGAUUUUAUUUAUUUAUUUUUAAUUUAUUGUAAUCAUACCGAGUAAAGAGAAAAAAAAUGCUUCACUGGAUUGCAGUCGA